AUGCGUGGGCUGCAGCUCUCUGGUCACGCAUGGCGGCCGUGUUUGUCCAGCGCAGCGGUGUCUCUGCGCACAUUCAGUAGCUGCACCACGAGCACGUCAGGUGCGGCGGUUGUCGUCACCGCCUCGCGCCGAAAUGGGGCAGUAUUAUCUGCAGUGUACAUCACGCAGCGCCUGUACCGCACAACACAACAGAAGAAAGGCACCAGCGACGCGGCGAACAGCGACAGCGGCACUACCGUGGGCACCAGUGUGGGUGCUGACGCGACCAGCGACGACGCUAUGGAUCUCAUUUGGUCAGACAUGCCCGAUGUGCACGAGCCGAAUCACGAGGCGACGUUGACGAGCGGCCCGCACGAGCACAGAGCUGCCGCAGCGACCCGCGCGCCAAAGAGCUCGCCGCAUGAGGAGAGUCGCGCAUCCGACGCGAGCGACACAGCCGCGUCCUUGCCGGAGCCACCGGUGUCGCACGUGUGGGUAUCUAUGCACAACAUGCCCCGCAACUGGCUGCAUGAAGACAUUGUCGAGAUGAUUCACCAAGUCGCCGAGCACGCAGGCAUCGCCGCAUCCGAGGCUCCCCUCUUGUCAGAGUCCGCGGCGGGCCGAGAAGGCGACGUGGCGGGGGAAGGAGGCGAAGAGGGGCACACCGGUGAGGGCACCAGCAGCGCGCUGAACCACGUGUCGUCGCCGUUUGUGCGCCGCCUGCACAUUCCUUUCGGCCGCCGCACCGGUCUUGUGUACGGCAGCCCGAAGCUGCUACUCACCUCGCGGCAACUCGCCGACUAUCUCCUCCAUCGACUCAGCUUCGACCCAGACGACUUCCGCAGCCGUGUGUACUUUACCCGCACAAAACCAGAAGAGUUGCCAAGUGGCUUUCAGCAGCAGCAACAGCCACGUGAGGGAGGAGGUGCUGAAGGUGAUGCAGCCAACGGUGACGGGGUGGCGCAGGUUACGUACACCCCGAUUGAGGAAACGGUGGAGCGAGAGCAGGACGAGGCGCUGCGCACGUUGGUGCUCGACCGCUACCUGUUCGCCCCGGACCUGCUCCUCGACAUUGCCAAGUCGCAUCAGAGGCGACUCGUCACUAAAAACGAGAAGGUGCUGCUUGACGCCUUCGUCGACGGCGAGGAAGACAGCGAUGCUGAUGAGGAAGACGAAGAUGGCGGUGACGUCGAAGAUGACGACGCAGUAGGCGGCGGCAGCGGUGCCGACGGCGAUGCUGAAAGCGCUGCUGCGACGCUCACGCGCCGUCACCGGCGGCGUCAGCGGCACCGUGCCACGUCAACGGGUGGGCCCGGUAAGAGGAAGUCGCCCCUCACACGGCGUGUUCGGGCGGGAACGCAGAAGCAUCUGGGCCGCGGAUCCAUGCACAACAUGCCCAUCCCGAAGCCGUACGUGGUGGGCCGCAAUCUGUAG